UUAUAGAUUAGGAUUUAAAAUCAAUUAUUUGAUCCUUCAAUGAAUAAUAAACGUAUUAAAUUUGCCCCCAUAAUUUUUCAGCAUAGCUCACACAUCACGUGAACAGUUACAAAACGGGAAGGGCGAGUGUGACAGGAGGGAGCGGCCGCGCCAUAACAAAUUCGCAACGAACUCAUCAUCAAACAAAUUCCCGCUUCUUCUGAUUCUCCUUCUCUGAUUCAAUUCUUCAAUGGCACAAGAGGCAGCAUUGAUGGCCAUGGAGUCUCAGGUGAACAACGCCAGCUACACGAAAAAGCGAUCAGUGAGGAAUGACAAGCUUCUCCUCGACGACUACAUUCAUUUCCUUCGCUCUCGCCAUUCCCUCGACCUCACCAUGUGUCAACUCAAUCAGAUCAUUCGCAUUCACGGCUUCAAGAAGAUACACCACGCUCCCAAGAAGGUGUUGGUGGACGCGGUGAACUCGCUCGAUCUCGUGAAGCUAUCGCGCUCCACGCUCCACAGUAGCGUCGUCUCAGCGUUCGCGGCUCUUACGGUGGAGGACGCCAUUGCCGAUCUCAACGAGCUCAACUGGCAAGAGUGCUGCGUCACUUCGUUGGAGAAACUCUGCAGCAGCAACAAUAACCACAAAUUCCUCUUUCCUCCUUCAUCCUCCGAUCCUCACCAUAGCCGCCUCCAGUUCGCGAACCACUUGCAGGUUGGGCCGAAAAGGAAGAUCAGUGGCAGCGGUGACGGCGACGAAACGUGCUGCGGCGGCAGAGAACUCAUCUCCGAGGCUUUUCGCAGCGGCAUGCGACCGGCGAAGAUGGUACCUAGGCGUAAGAGGAGCGGCGCUCAUGCUCCUUCUGGUGCUGUAUGCGCCUUAUCCGCGACUGUGGACUCUGCUUCGCUUGCUUCUUCUUGCUGAAUCUAUCACCUUCUCCGGAAAUUCUUCAUGUUAAAAGAGAGCAAGUGCUUAGUUACUGUAACCAUUUAACAAAGAAUGAUUUGGACGUGACUAUGUUAUAGUUGUGGAUAGGAUUAGGGAAGGUAUUACACUUUCAUAUCGGUACUAUAGUUAGUACUACUAAUCUUAAUCAUAUGGUUCCUUUUCAUUUUCUGUAUAAAAUUAAG